AUGCCCCCAGCUAUAUCCUCAGUUACGUCGUCAGCUACGUCGUCAGCUAUGCCGUCGAGGGUGAAGCGAGCGUCGGCGUCGAGCCACAUCACUCUCCUCUCCGUUUUCAUCGCCGGCUCGGCGCUGAUGCCUUCGGGGUGCUGGGCUCAGAAUACCACCAUGAACGCGACUUUCCACAGCGACUUCUUCCAAGGCGACGUGCGCAUCAUCGUGGGUCCCUACCGUAACAAAUUCCGCGUCGAGGCGAACAUGCCGGACUGGGCCAAGUCGGCCACACUUAAGCAGGAGUACAUAGUUGAGACUUACCCUUUUCCGUCCAACUUCUCCUCUCUCACGGACGCGAAGCACGCUACUUUGACCUUCGCCCCUUCCAACUGCUACCCCCUCUCCGGCAGUGUAACCCCUGAACAGGCCGUUCCAGCGUACCUCGCGUCAGGCCCGGACCUUUGCCUCUCCUGCUACGUCUACCUCACCUUCUCCUUCCUCGAUCCGACCACGGCCAGCCAGAUCGGAAGCACGUGCACAGAGACAGACAACGGGAAGCUUCGCGGAUACAUCUGCUCCACGGCUACGGAUGCUGACGUCGCCGCAGUGGCGCAGGCAUUUGGGGAACCACCGAUAAUGGGUGUUGGCGGGACGUCGGUGGGGUUUCUCUACACGGAGAUGUUUGUGCGCCAGCCCGCUGGCUCCACCAUGCGCGUCCCCUCCAUCCGCGUCGAUCCCCUAGCCAUGAAGGGAAUCGGGUACAUCAUGGUGCCAUCCACCCCUAAGCCUCUCCCCGGGACCUUUGACGCCCUGCCUUUCGUUGCUGGCAACAACAGCAAGUCCAUCAGCGUCGGUCUAGUGAUCCCAAUUUCCUUGAUGACUCAGGCGUCGGUCACAACUACCCCAAUCAGCAGCGUUACAAGGGCGAAAGUCGCAGCAGACAGCUUCCUUUUCUACUCCAUGGAUGCUCCGGCCAACCAGUCGCUUACUGUCGAUGCCGUCAUCUUACCCCCUGACCCCUAUGGCAUUGCCUCCGUUGAGGAUGCCAAGUCAUACUCCAUCACCCUCUACAUUAGCAAGAAAAGCACGGGCAUGGCUGCUGCUGGGUGGGGUGUAACCCUGAUGUCUGUGAUGCUCGCUCUCCUGACCUUCCUGCCUGUCAUGUAG